AUAUUUCCCCAUUCAAUUUGCAGCCACUCUUGUAGAAAGCAGCGUUUUGCAGAGAAAUAUUUUCGUUUUGGUAAAUUGGCAGAAAAAAAGAAUUUACCGCAGUUAAAUAGCAAACAACAAAGCUAUGUCAACCGAGGAUUUCUAUUUGCGCUACUAUGUGGGCCACAAAGGCAAGUUUGGACACGAGUUUCUGGAGUUUGAGUUCCGACCAGAUGGCAAACUGCGGUACGCCAACAAUUCCAACUACAAAAACGACACCAUGAUCCGCAAAGAAGCAUUUGUGCACCAGUCAGUGAUGGAGGAGCUGAAACGCAUCAUUAUCGACUCUGAAAUAAUGCAGGAAGAUGAUCUACCUUGGCCACCACCAGAUCGCGUCGGCCGCCAGGAACUGGAAAUCGUGAUUGGUGACGAGCACAUUUCGUUUACUACGUCAAAGACCGGCUCAUUGGUGGAUGUCAACCGUUCAAAAGAUCCAGAAGGCCUGCGAUGUUUCUAUUAUCUAGUGCAGGAUCUCAAGUGUUUGGUCUUCUCACUGAUCGGUCUGCACUUCAAGAUUAAGCCCAUAUAAUAUCGAAUAAUUCACUGCUCCCCAAAUGUAUUCAACUCAUUUUCUAUAAUAAACACAAAUAUGUACAAUAGCUGA